AUGCAUUCAAUUCCAUCUGCCCUUCCAACGACCACCAAACAAGAAGGACGACAGCAAGUAGUGGUUGAUAUCAAUAUCCUUUUUAAAGCUUUGGAUUUUCAUGAUUGGAAUCAGGGCAUCGGAAUGAAGGCAAAUGUCUAUCAGACAGGUUCUCGGGUCUAUGGAACAGCAAAGCCUAAUUCUGAUUAUGACUUUUUCGUAAUUAUUUCUGAUGAUGAUUAUCUCCAGUUGGACACUCACUAUAGGAAUAAGAGAAAAAACAACUCUUUAUCAUUAGAAACAGCUAGCACAACGAGGCAUGAUGUGUUCAACAAUCAGUGGUAUUAUUCUGGAAUAACUUUUGAAGAAGGCGAGUAUGAUGUGAGAAAAAACGAGGAUUCCUUGUUUGGAGAUGGUUUUAUUGAGGGCUAUCAAUGUCUUUUUUUGUCUUUUUUGAUGGCAGACAAUGAGGUUGCAGAACUGAAUGUAAAUCUCUACAAAUAUUCAACAUUUAAAGCCAAACUAGAUGAAAAUUGGUUACAAGCGCUCAUGUGUAUUUAUUUACCUCCACAACAUGUGUGGCAAUUGGACUUUCCAGAACUUCAUACAGAUACUAAAAUUUAUUUUCGAAAACUGAUUGUGUCAGUUGUUGGUGAGGCAGGAAAACACUUCCAAAUGGCAAGAAGGAAAUGGAAUUCAUUUGACAAGGAUACAAAGGAUGAGAAGAAUGGCAGUAUUAUUUCAAAUUAUCAAGAAAAGAAAUACAUUGCUCAUACUUUUAGGGACCUAUUAUUUGGAAAACAAAUUGCAACCUAUCUGAGAAUUGUUGAUUAUACAGAAGCAAAUGCAAUCUAUUAUGAAAUAAUGUCGAGCUUUCCAAACGAAAAAUCUUGGACAAGUUUUGAAAAGGAAUAUUAUCCAAGAUAUCAUUCAUUGAAAGAUGAAUUUAAUGAAAUUACAAAGAAAGAUGAUCUAGUUAGCGAACAAGAAUACAAAAUGAAUGGAUCAUUUGCAUUAGCUCUAUUAAGAAAAUUGAAAGGAGAUAUAUCAACAUUUAUAGAGCUGUUAAGACUUUACUUUUCAAUAGAGUCACAAACCUGGAAGGAAAAAGGAGUGCAAUAUGUGUUUGUUAAAGGUGUUGAGGAGUCACCAAAUUAUUCAAAAAUUGUUCAGGAGGUCUUUUAUGGAAUGAUACUUUUCAAACAAGAGCGACCUGAACUUAUUUCAAAAGAGAACGAAAUCUUUUCAGAGUGUGAAAUUUUAUGCAAACCUCCAAAUAAGAUUAUACCUUAUAGUAAUGCCUUCUCGUACAAAAUUUCGAAUUGGAAGAAAUCGGUCGUUUUUGAAAGAUAUACAAACAGCAUGAUGGUACAUUUAUUUUUCGAUAUAUUUUCUCAGAAAUGGAUGUUAUGUUCUGAAAAAAGCUUUGACGCUCAAGAACACAUUAAUGGGUGUAAUGACUCGAUCAGAGAGAUGUUUUGGACUUUCUUAAGACAGAAAGUUAUUAAUUUUCCGCUAUCAGGCUUUCAAACACAUCCCCCAACUAGUUAUACUUUUGAUGUUUUUCCGAAUCUUUUCGCUAGUGACCUGACGGUUACACUGUUGUCGAGUUACAACGAUACGUCAAGUUUGAGGGAAUGCCUCAGACCAGCUCAAAAACUCACUAGAAAGAGCUUUGUAUUUUCAAAAAUAGAAAACGAGAACGAUAUCAUAGAAUUAAGUUUUGAUAACAUUUCAGAGGUGAAAGCAUACGUAAAUACCUGUGACCCGUUUUAUGUGAAAGAGUGUGUAGUGUGGGACGGAAUUGGAUUCGAGUCAGUUCCAUGCCCUCAAUAUGAAUCUCUUAAUUACCUUUUAGAAAAUAUUCAGCUACGAAAUGAAAAACGAAUAGAGACAACUGAAAUUUCACAGGUAUCAGAGAUUGUGUUGACACAUAUGAUUGAGAUUUCUAGAGUUUGCAUUUUUAGCCAAUCAACCACUGAGAAGAUACGCAAGUUGAUUCAAGGAUCUAAAUUUGAAGCGCUCUUUGAACAGGUUCUGUACAGGUUCACAAGAUUUUGUGAAUGUUUGAACGUCAUUUAUGAAACUGUUGAACAAACCAGCAAUGGAAAUUUGAAGGUGUUCAAUGAAAAACUGCUCGAAGUCAACUUUCAAGAUUAUUUCAUGGACACUUCUCAUAUUAAUUUUGUGAAAAACUUGUUGGUUGCUCAAUUCAAGAACGUCAAAACCAACAUGCCAAAAUGCUCCCACGCUAUCCAAUUAACUAUUGCUGAAAGAUUGAGUAUAAGUCCUGCCAAGCAGAUGUAUAAAUGUGUAUGCAGUUUCAAGAAUCAAUAG